CCCGAAUAUUAUUGCAUUGCCAGGCUCCUGCUUUCGAGACGCCAAGAACGGUGACAUCAACUCGAGAUCAUCUCGAGUAUGGCGCGCUCACGCCGACGCGAAGACCUCACAGAGUCAUGGGACGAUGUAGGCGAUUCGUACGAGGAGGAGGAGGAAACUUUGUGGGACGAAGACGAAGAACGCGACGAGAUGGGGAGCGAAUAUCGAUCGAGCGCGAGGCAGACUCGAGCCACGAACGGCAGUACAAAGUCGAUUGAGGAAGCGCCAGAUCUUCCGCGCCGGAGAAAUUUGAGGUCCUCUGUAGAGCCUGAGUUGGUCAUGCCAUCCUCGCCAGACGGCGGAGCAAAGGCAGCGACGUCUCGGAGACGAGAUGCGACACCGAGAUUCCGAUUAAACGAGCGAAGCAACACAAGCGAUGCGGGGCAGAUUCGUAGAACUACGCGCGCCGCAACACCGAGGAGUAGAAUGAUCGAGAGGAGUAUGACGAGCGAUGCAGGCAGAAUGCGAAAGAGCAGGCUGAAGGAAUACGACGCGGCUGAUUAUGAGUCCGAGGAUGAGCCAGCGACGGCAAGAUAUGCGGCCACGAUAUGGCAGCAGAUCAUCCGACCACUUCUGGUAUACGCGACAGGUGUUACAGGAUAUGCGCUGAACAACCUCAAGCCGAUCUUGGGAUGGAUACUGCUGAUAUACGUUCUGACUGCGUCGAUGGUCUUCUUCUCGGGCUUUUUGACGAACAGCAUAAAUAAUGCUCUCAGCCCAAUAUGCCGCCUACCAUUUACCGGCAGUCUACCAUUCUGUCCGGACCCAGAAUUGCGCGAGCUACAAGGACCAGCAGAAUUUGACAGGCUGGUCACUACGCAAGAUGCCUUUCAGGAAGUACUCGCGAGCGCUUCCACCGGCGUCAAUUUGCCAUUGGACAUGAAGCGCAGUGAGGCGAGCAUUCGAGACCUCAAGCACGUGGUGCAGUACUCUCAUCUGCCUUCGAAGAACCAACUCGUGUUCGAAUUCGAUGGUUUCAUUGGGGUUGCGCGAGAGGCAAGCCAAUCCUUGAGCAAAUUCAACAGCCGCAUCGGCCGAGCAGUCGAUCACAUCCUUUCCACGAACCGGUGGACGUUAAGUGUCAUUGAUGGAGUGGAGCAAAAUGAGGCUGCUAAGGGCACAUUGUCUAAAUGGGUCACUAGCAAUCUCAACAUCUUUGCCCCAUUUCAGCCUCUGAGCAUGUCUCGCGACAUUAUUCUCGACCAAUACCUUCGCCACACCGAUGCUGUCGAAGAACAAAUCAUGAGCCUCAUCGAUGAGGCUCUGGUGCUUCAAGGAAUGCUGAAUGACAUGGACAACCGCCUCGACGAAAUCCAAGGUGUUGCCACUCGCGACGGAGUCCGCAUUGGAGUCGAUAAAGACGAGCUCUUUUCCACACUCUGGACUAAAUUGGGCGGCAACAAGAACACAGUCCAAAAGCUCAACUCCCAAAUCGACCUCCUCAAUUCCGUCCAACACUAUCGUCGCAUGGCUUGGGGUCACGUCACCAGCACUUUACUGAAAUUGCAAGAAAUCCAAGCAAGCCUUGAAGAUCUGAGAGAAAGAGUCGGUAUGCCCGAAGUCGUGGGUACCCAUAAGGUUCCUUUGGAAGUUCACAUCAGUAAUAUCCAAUUGGGAAUUGAGAGGUUGGAGAAGCAGAGAGAUGCGAAUCGACAAAUUGAGCAAGACAGUUUCAGGAAGGUUUUGGAUCGUGGAGAGCAGGUUGAUCGGAGAGGGAUUGGGAGUAAGCAGGAGCUUUGAAGAAGAUUGCAGCACAGAGCAGAGCAGUGAUUGGUUGUGAUGAGACAUGAUUUGUACGAUGAUACCCAUACUUGUAUGUAGAGGGACUAAGCAAGUAUACCUGAGCUGGAUUACACAUGGACUGCAUUGGAAGUG